UGUUGGAUUGUCAGUUAUGACGAUCGUUCGAAACAGUGUCUUCUUUCUUUCUGAAAGUGUCGGGCGUUUGGAGUGAGAGAGACGACGAGAGUGAGAGCUCGAGUUCGAUUAGUCAUAAAGAAACAAAAGCGCCUAAAAAGGUAAAUAUAUCGUUGAGUGUUUUGUUUGGUUGGUGGAAGGAAUCGGCUAAGAGAAAUCGUCUGUUAUUUGUUUGAUGAGACUUUGUUUGUUUUUCCAUGGCAUGGAGGCUGGAGUAUUUAAUUAUUUAAGGUCAUCGUUUGAUUAACAUGAACUUGGAUAAUUGAAUAAGAACAAAACCAACAUUAAUCUAAUUCAAACACAUGACUCGAUUCUCUCUUCUUUCCCACCCAACCCAAACUCUUUGCUCAUGACUCUCUCGUUUUGUUUACUUUCUCCAAAUGACAUUUAAAUUACCAUUCACUUCACUGUGGUAUUUAAAUGGCUCAAGAUCUUGUUUCUGAGAAUCACUUUGAUUGGAAGAACAUCAUCAUGAUAAGUUUGAAUUGAAAUAUGAUUUGAAAACCAUUUGAGAAAUACAACCAAUAAAGUUCCAAUGUCUACUUGAUCUUCAUCGCAAGAAGAUCAAUCUCGAAUCCGCACGGUGUUCACGACUCCACACCCGACACAGAGAGAUCUUCUGGUCUGUUUCUCGGUCCUUCGAUCACUUUCGACAGUGGCAGCAGGAGAGGAGGUUUCGACGAUCCACCGCACGACCGGAAAUUCAAUAUCGAAACCAGCAUGGCUAGCAGUAGCGGCGCGAAACGAUCGAGACACGAACUAUCCGCAUCAGAGGAAGAAGCCUUGGUAACAGGAGAAGUUGCACAGCCAGAUCAGAGCGAGCAGCUUCCACCUUACUCUAGUGGAAACGCAUCCAUACAGGAUCCAGACGAAGGUGCACCAGGGCCAUCAGGCCACAACCCGAGGUUGACGGACGCAAACAUCGUUGGAGGUAUUAUGAGCCCUACCUUCAACAACGCAGCACAUCCGCAAUUUGGUGCGCCUCCAAGUCAGAGACCAACGCUUCUACCACCUGGACUUACUCCGAGUCCAGUACAGCCAGUACCACCAGGAUUGCCACCACAACUCCCUUCAAAUGAAAUUGGUGGUACAAGCGGAGCAAACCAGAACACGGACCCACGAAGAUCCCACGGACAAGAUCUUCCGUCGAGAUUUGAUCACGCUAUCGCACAAGAACUAAUACGCUCAAGAGGACAACUAGCACAAGGAGUAGUCCAUCUUGGGUCUCAGAAUGAGCAACUCAAUGCCGAACAACUCAGACAAGCUAGUCUUCUUCAUUCGGUUGACUCCGUUCUACAACAAGGUGAAGAAAACUUUCAACGUUUUACUUCCGCGGCAAAUCAUAACUUCCAGCACAACAUCAAUCAGGUCAACGGAAGAAUUGAGAUGAACGGACAGACGCUUGCUGGAUUACAAAAACAAGUAGUGGAAAUGCAGUCGAACCAACAGCGUCAAGAAGAACUAGCAACACGUUUCAGCCAGAAUGCUCAGGAAGUGCAGAUACUGCGUGGACAGAUCGAUAAUCUCACUCAGCUGAUUGGGAAUCUGCAGAUCGGAGCAGUUGGAGGAAAGGGUCCACAAAAUGACAACGGUGCCCAGUUUCGAGCUUUCGCUGUAGACAACAAUGGAAGACCACAACCGAUUCCUGCAGUACACUUCAACAUCGGAACUGGGAACCACAGUGGACAAGGUACUCCUACGGUUGACGGUUAUCACAACACGAGAGCACCUCCUCCAACGCCAGGCUCUAGAUGGUUCUACGACUAUGGUUUUGGUGGAAAUGGAAAGGGAAAUGGAGGACCACCUCAACCACCGGUAUGUGUCGUCUGUAGUGUUGCGGGACAUGUUGCAGCAAACUGUCCAACACUACGCCAAGAUCAGCACGGAGGUAACCAUGUAGUCAGAUGUUUUCACUGUGGAGCCAUUGGACAUACUGCAGCGCAUUGUCCUCUUCGUCCACAGCAGACAUGCAAUCAUGGUUCGGGCACACAGGGUGGACAGAACAGCCACUUCUUUGAAGGAAUUCCACAACCUGGCUUUUACCGUGCAAACAUCCUAGGUGACCAUCUUCCGAUUCGUAACACUGUACGACAAAACGACGAUGGCGCCGUGAGGAAGAAACUAUGGGACUUCCAGCACAUCGAUUUCGAGUCGAAGUACAUGGAGGACACCCAAGGGCUACGAGCACCUGCUAAUCUAGUGAGGAAGAUGAAAGACAAGCUUCCAGAAAGAAAUCCUCCACGCCGAGAGCACUACAAAUCAGUAGUAGAGUUUUUGUCUGCUCUAGAGAAUUAUCUUCUUGAAUGUCUAGCAACACCAAGUGGAACUGCAACGGACGCAUACCUAUUUCCAUGGGAAGCCGAACAAUCGAUCAUCGAGCAGAUUCUCUUCGACCACGACAAGGAUUCGACCAAUAAGUGGCGAAAUGUCCUCACCGACCCAGUCAAGAAGAAGCUACGAGUCAUCGGUUUUGACCUAGUCGAGCGGGGAACUCUGACGUUCAAGAAUCUGCGACAUCGUCUCUUCGAAUGCUUCGGAGAUGAUUUUAUCAUCAACCGCACCGAAAGAGAAGCAUAUCUCAACUUCCGCAGGCUUCCUGGUGAGAGCGAGGCGGAGGUGAUCAGAAGAUUCUGCGAAGUCGCACUCAAAGCUGGACCAGACUACAAUCCGUUCCCUGCUCACAAAGGAGCCAGAGACCGAGUGUGGCAGGACUUCAAGCGAUGCGUACAUCCUCCUCUGUCUGAACAACUAAUCCGAGCAGUACUGACUGAUCCACUCUAUCGACAUGUCAAUCAGGGGAUCGUUCAUUUUGGGCAUCUGUUGGAGUACUUGUCGAUUACAGAGCAGGCAGAGCAGACGGCCAAAUCGUCCAGGGGGAACAUGACCAGCGCAGGAGCUGUGAGUGAACAAGUUGCUUUUGUAGGACAAGCUGAGGCCGAGGGAGGAGCUUCAAGCUCUCAUGGAGAAGAGGCGUUCGCGGCACGAGCAAACCCAAAGUCUAGUACAGCUUACGACCCAUCGCGACCAGGUGGCCGAUGGGACCAGAGACAAGGACAAAACAACAACUCCACUUCUCGUCCGCGCGGGAACAUCGUUAAAAGGACGAGGAUGUCUUGUUGGACGUGCGGCGGAGACCAUAAGAAGCAGGACUGUGUCUUUCCAGAGAAGGUCUGCAGGAAGUGUUUUAGUGACAAGCACUUCGAGAGCGAGUGCGACGUGGCUCCCAAAGACCAAGCAGCUCAACGAAUGAAGAAUCUCGAAUUCGCCAAACUUCAGGUGAAAGACAAAGUUGGAGUCAUCUUAGACCUACUUCCCGAGGCCGAAAAAGGACAAGUAAUCCUUACGGUAGUAGGAAAUGACGAGAAGGAGCGGGUUUUCGUCCUAGAUGAUGGAAGUCGAGAUCACAUUUGUUUCGAGCGAGUCUACUGUGUUGAGGCUGAGCCAACCUCUGAGCCGAGCAGUGCUACAGAACCUGAACAAGUCGCGAAAGUACUCGAAGACACAUCUUCCUCAUCUGCUUCUUCGAGCUCUAAGGCGGACAAAGACUCCAUCGACAAGAACGGAGUUUCUGUUGACAGACGUGGAAAUUGGUGUCCGGCACAGAAUUGCAUCAGUUGGGCGAACAUCAAGUGCGGGAAGUGCAACACCUGCUGGUGCCCGAGACAUGUCGGUGACCAUACCUGUGAAGUAG